AUGUCUUCAGCAGCCACGACGCCGGCGCCGGCAGCGGAGAAAUUUGAGUGGUUGGUUGUGCUACCUGAUAAUGAGGGUGCGUUGGAGAGGAGAGUUAGUGUUAGACCUAAGCAUUUCGAAGGGUUGAAGACGGGUCUUGAGUCUGGGUUUUGGAAGAUGGGUGGAGCUUUUCUCUCCGAACCUCCCAACGGUGACUCCCCCUUGAAAUUUCAAGGGAGCUGUAUGAUUGCUCUUGCUAGCAGUAAGGAGGAGGUGAUCGAGGUAUUGAAGAAGGAUAUUUAUGCGGAAAAUGACGUUUGGGAUUUCAGUAAGAUCCAAAUCUAUCCCUUCAAAUGUGCAUUCAGAAAGGAAGUGUGA